CGCCAUGGCGGAAGGACGUCGAGAACCAGCCCCGCACCAUCCCCUGCUCUCGCUCCCCCCGGCCAGCAAGCGCCCCUGCCUGCGCCCCGCGCCCCGGGGUCCCGGCCCGGGGCCCGGCCACUGCUCCGGCUCCGGCUCGGGCAGCGGCUCCCCCGGCUCCCGGCGCCGCUGCUCCCCGGAGUCCCUGCUGGACUGCGCCGCCAAGGCGGUCGCGGAGAAGUGGGCCUUCGAGCGGGUGGAGGAGCGCUUCGAGCGGAUCCCGGAGCCCGUGCAGCGCCGCAUCGUCUACUGGUCCUUUCCGCGCAACGAGAAGGAGAUAUGCAUGUACUCGUCGUUUCAGUGCCGGGUCGCCGGGGAGGAGGGACCGUCCUCCUCCGCGGCCGGCGCCCCGGCGGCGGCGGGUCCGGGUCCCGGAGCCUCCAGCGCGGCUGCCGGCGGAGCAGGGUCCGCCGCCGGUCCCAAUGCCGCCUCCGCGGGGGCAGCCGGGGCGGCGGGGGCCGGGGACGGGCUGCCCUUCCGCCGGGGCAUCAGGCUGCUGGAGACCGGCUGUGUGGAAAACGUCCUACAAGUCGGAUUUCAUCUCAGCGGUACGGUAACGGAGCCGGCCACCUCAUCAGAACCGGAGAUAACCCACAAGGUAGCCAUCAGCUUCGACCGCUGCAAGAUCACCUCCGUCACCUGCGGCUGCGGAAACCGGGACAUCUUCUACUGCGCACACGUGGUGGCGCUGUCUCUUUAUCGAAUCCGAAAACCUGAGCAGGUGAAGCUACGGCUGCCCAUAUCAGAGACGUUGUUCCAGAUGAAUAGAGAUCAGCUGCAGAAGCUGGUCCAGUAUCUUAUCACAGCCCACCACACUGAGGUGCUUCCCACUGCUCAGAAACUGGCUGAUGAGAUCCUGUCCUCCAACUCCGAGAUCAACCAGGUUCAUGGUGCUCCAGACCCGACGGCGGGCGCCAGCAUUGACGAUGACAACUGCUGGCAUCUGGACGAGGAUCAAGUCCGGGAGCAGGUCAAACAGUUUUUAUCCCAGGGAGGAUACUACGGCUCCGGGAAGCAGCUCAACUCCAUGUUUGCCAAGGUGCGGGAGAUGCUACGAAUGCGAGACUCCAACGGUGCCAGAAUGCUGACGCUCAUCACAGAGCAGUUCAUGGCGGACCCGCGGCUGUCGCUGUGGAGGCAGCAAGGCACGGGCAUGACGGACAAGUGCCGGCAGCUUUGGGAUGAGCUGGGUGCAUUGUGGGUGUGCGUGGUUCUGAAUCCCCAUUGCAAGAGCGAAGAGAAGAGCGGCUGGCUGAAGCAGCUGAAGAAGUGGGGAGACACGGACGUCUGCCCGCUGGAGGACGGCAACUACGGCAGCGAGCUGCCCAACAUCACCAACGCACUGCCGCAGAGUAACCUCGCACAAGACUCCCUGUCCAGGCCGAAGAGGACGGUGUUCAGCCGCGCCGUCGAGGCCUGCGACCUGCACUGGCAGGACAGCCACCUGCAGAGGAUCAUCAGCAGCGACUACUACAUGUCUCCGUCCUACCAGAGGGAGGGGGAGAGCCUGCUGUUCAACCCACAGGGCCUGCCGCUGUGGCUAGACCACGUCCCGACAGCGUGCGCCCGCGUCGACGCCCUGCGUUCCCACGGCUACUCCAGGGAAGCCCUGCGAUUGGCUGUCGCCAUCAUCAACACGCUCCGCCUGCAACAGCAGAGACAGAUGGACAUUUACAAACACCAAAAGAAAGAGCUUCUCCAGAGAGGCGUCACCUCCACCACCAACCUGGAGGGCUGGGUGGGUCACCCCUUAGACCCCAUCGGGUGUCUGUUUGUCACGCUCACAGAGGCGUGCCGCAUGGAUGACGACAACAGCAUGGACACAGGAGAGGGUGAGCCCAGACCUCCGGUUUACCACCACGUGCCGGUGUGGGGGAGUCCAGAAGGGGGAGAGUCCUACCUGACUCUGGCCUUAGAGGUGGCUCUGAUGGGAAUGGGCCAGCAGAGGAUCAUGCCUGAAGGACUGUACGCACAGGAUAAGGUGUGUCGUAACGAAGAACAGAUUGUUGCAAAGCUGCAAGAGCUGGACCUGGACGAUCUCCUCGUUCAGACGCUUCGGAAACAGGCUGUGCAGUUACUAGAAGCCGGUCCGUUCAGCGGUCUUGGGGAGGUCAUCCACAGGGAGAGUGUUCCCAUGCACACCUUUGCCAAGUACCUCUUCUCUGCUCUGCUGCCACACGACGCAGACCUGGCUUACAAGGUGGCUCUUCGUGCCAUGAGGUUGCCGGUGCUGGAGUCGUCGGCGGGCUCCGGGGACAUCAGCCACCCUAAUCACGGCAUCUCUAUAGUCCCGAGCAGAUAUCCCCGCUGGUUCACGCUGGGACACCUGGAGUCGCAGCAGUGUGAGCUGGCCUCCACCAUGCUCACUGCAGCUAAAGGAGACAUGUUGAGAUUGCGAACCGUGCUGGAGGCCAUCCAGAAAAACAUCCACUCCUCUUCCCUCAUCUUCAAACUAGCCCAGGAUGCCUUUAAGAUAGCCACACCAGCAGACAGCCCGCCUGACAUCACCCUGCUCAACGUAGCACUAGAGUUGGGACUUCAGGUGAUGAGGAUGACGCUGUCCACUCUGAACUGGAGGAGGAGAGAGAUGGUUCGCUGGCUGGUAACCUGCGCCACGGAAGUCGGUUUGCGGGCGUUAGUGAGCAUCCUGCAGAGCUGGUACACCCUCUUCACCCCCACCGAGGCCACCAGCAUCGUGGCGGCCACCGUCAUGUCCCACAACACCAUCCUGCGCCUCAGCCUGGACUACGCCCAGCGGGAGGAGCUGGCGAGCUGCGCGCGGACCCUGGCCCUGCAGUGCGCCAUGAAGGACCCCCAGAACUGCGCCCUGUCGGCGCUGACGCUCUGCGAGAAGGACCACAUCGCCUUCGAGACGGCGUACCAGAUCGUGAUCGACGCGGCGUCGACCGGCAUGACCUACUCGCAGCUGUUCACCAUCGCCAGGUACAUGGAGCACCGGGGAUACCCGCUGCGCUCCUUCAAGCUGGCCUCCCUGGCCAUGACGCACCUCAACCUGGCCUACAACCAGGACACGCACCCGGCCAUCAACGACGUGCUGUGGGCCUGCGCGCUCAGCCACUCUCUGGGCAAGAACGAGCUGGCGGCCAUCAUCCCCCUGGUGGUGAAGAGCGUGCACUGCGCCACGGUGCUGUCCGACAUCCUGCGGCGCUGCACCAUGACGGCGCCGGGUCUCGCCGGGAUCCCCGGGAGACGGAACUCUGGGAAGCUGAUGUCGACGGACAAGGCGCCGCUGCGGCAGCUCCUGGACGCCACGAUCUCGGCGUACAUCAACACCACGCACUCUCGACUGACGCACAUCAGUCCACGGCACUACGGCGAGUUCAUCGAGUUCCUGAGCAAAGCGCGGGAGACUUUCCUGUUGGCGCAGGACGGCCACAUUCAGUUCGCUCAGUUCAUAGACAACCUGAAACAGAUCUAUAAGGGCAAGAAGAAACUGAUGAUGUUGGUCAGGGAGCGCUUCGGCUGACCGAACCCCCCCCCCCCCCUCACAGAGACUCUCUUCUUGGGAAGAAGUUAAACACAGUGGUUUCUAUUUAAGUUUCAUUUUGUUUUGAGUCUUUUGUGUUUUUACUCAUGUCGAGCCAAUUGUUGACUAAGUCUCAAGAUUUUGUUCUGUUUUUUUUUCUUUCUUGAAUGUGAACUAGGAAGUGUUCGCAGUACAUUGCUCUACUUGACUGUCACUGCAAAAGGUUGAGUCAAACGUCAAAGAAGCAACAAAAUAAAAAAAGCCCCCUCGCCCUUCGACUGAUGAUAAAUCUAGGAAGAAAAAAUCGAAAGAAUGUGAUGACAAAAGCAAAGUUUUUUGGGCAGCGUGAUAGGAUAUGAAAACCAAAUGAUCUUGCUGGACGGGGUUUUUUUUACUUUCAGCCAGAAGAUGCUUUAAGCUGCGAUAAAUAAGAAGGAAGUGGUUUUCAAUGUGGAGAAAACAACAUCAUUAGAUAAAAACACACAGCAGUUAAAAAACACAUAUACUGUCAUACCUCAACUGUGUUACAUGUCAGCUUUAACUUCUCUAUUUGUUUCAUUCAGGGCUCCUGAGAGGAGCCGAGGCAGAAUACAGAGCUGCUCGUGUGUGUUCUCGCUUCACAAAAUGUCACUCGCUGCAGAUUCUAAAACCUUAAGCUGCUGGUUUCUGAGAAAUAGCUGAAGAAAAGGACCCAUGUUGCUUCACAGUGCGCAUUUUUCAAAUCUCAAAACCUGAGAGAGAAAGAGAGAGAGAGAGGGAUUAUUCAGGAUUCUCUGGAUAGUGGCUGAGUUUAAACAUGUAUACAGAAUAUUUGUGUAUACAGUAUAUCUUUAAUGUCCUAGUAGCUCAUUAUUACAAGUGACAGAAUUAAAAAUGACAGGGAUGGUGAGGAAACAACGUUCCCACGUCCAGAUAUGCCGCUGCGCUGCUGCUCGGCUGUUAACGGCCAAAACCCGCACGUAAAAAACUUCAGCGAUCACUUAUUUACUCUCGAGAAGCAAUAUAUUUCUCCCCCUGUGAUUUUGUUUUUUUAUCACUCACAACAUCAGGUUCACGUUUGUGUUUUUCUGUUAGGUGGCUUUGGAAACUCUUUCCCGUAAUUGCUGGUUCUUAAUUCUGCCUGAAACAUAAGUCCCUUUUCUCUCACAAGAAACUUUUAUGAGAAAGAGAAACUCUCUUUUAAAAGCAAAACCGACUCCAUAGCAGACUCCACCUUUGUGCCUGUGGGCAAGGAUUUGUAUUUGUUUUUAUGGCCCUCUCCUGAUUGAUCUAGCUUCAGAAAGCAACAUGCAUGCACCCCUCCCAAAUUACAGCUGUUUGCUUGUAAACAUAAUGAGGGUUUUAACUCCGUUUGACAAAUUAUUUUAGGGGGCCAAUUAAACAUUUACAAAUACGUGCCGAUGUGGCUCCAUCUCUGCCAGCUGGAGAAAUGACCUUUUUCUUUAGCUAAAAAUGCCACCAAGUGGACAAAAGGAUAAAAUAAGAGAAGACAUAUUUGGUUUUCAGAGCCUUCAGCUUUUUCUCUGUUAACUGCAGGUUUUCAGUAGAAAGGUUGACGCUGGUGGAAAACUUGGCUUCUUUGGAGCCAAAUAUUUUCCCGCGGAGUCAUUGGGGAUCAAAACAGGACAAAAUUAAAAUUAUUUAUCAUAUUAUGCUUAAAAUAACUGCCUUUUUGAAAGAUAUGUAAAUUAGUAUAUAUUGGCUAACAUAAGUUAAAGUAACUUAACGGGUUAAUAAUUAUGCUGCCCACUACUGGCAGUAAAUCAAUUAAUAAAAUACUGUUACAAAAAAAAGAUAAAGGCCAAUAAUUGAAAUAAAUAUUCACAGCUACAGCAUCGGUCGCCCUCAUCUUCAUCAUCUUGGCUUUAAACUCAGUUUCUUUGGUCUUGUGAUGGAAAAGGUUGUGAAGUCAUCUGUGAACGCUACUGUUUGUUAUCAUAACGGACUGUGAAGAAGAGUGGCCUUGUCUUUAUCAAACACACGCAGCGCGCACACAAAAUACUGUACACCAUUCUGACUUGAUGACUUCAUGCGAAGUAUUUGAGACCACACGCCUCGGCACUGGAGGUUAUUAUCUUCUCCUCACCGGCUUGUUUUUCUUUCCCAGUUGCAAAUUGUCGUCGUUAAUGGCAGUACACAGUACGACAAGAGCUCAAAUCAUCACUGAUUAGACUAAAUGUCAUUGUACAAGCACUUGACACAGAUACCUCCUCAGUACGUUCCUCCCUGCUUCAGCGUUUGUUUGAUUGUUGGCGUUACUGACUCGGAAUCGCAGACACACACUGAUAGAAACAGGACUGCAUUUGAAAACAAGAGGCAAAGACAAGAAAAGAAGGGGUUUUGAGCAGAGGAACAUUUUUCUUAUCUGCUUUACAUUCCACGAGAGCUACUUUACUCACGGGCUGGGUAGUAAGUCAUAACUCUGGGCCUUUUUUGGAUCAGAGGAAAUGCAGACAGACAAAUGGAAAAAAGGAAAACUGAGCAAAAGAGAGAGAAAAGAGGCUAAACUCAGUUCUCAGGGACAUCACUUAAAGAAACAAAACAAAAAGUAGUAGCAUUAAGCAUUUAAGAUAUUGUAAAUAUUAAAGUUUCAAUUCAGAAAAUUGUAAAGUUAUAAUUAUUUAUGAUAAGUAUGUUAUGUGUUUGUUUUUUUUUGUGUUCUGGCGGGGUGUACUUGAAUUAUUUUGGAAGGGGGAAUUUUGACAGCAUUUUUUUUGUGAAAGAGCAAAGACUUCAAGGCAUUUCUCAGGUGCUCAUGUACAAUUUUUUUUUUUUCUCGUUUUGUUUGUUUUUUUUCGAUUUGCAAAGAAAAGAAAUGUUCUUUUUCUUGAGGAAGCAUGUUAUUGAGAGUUGAGGGAAAUGAGGGAAGAAUUCAUUUCUGGACGGAUUUGUACUAAACGUGACUAUGCAGAACCACUUGGAUGAUGAUCUUGUCCACUUAGAAAAACCGUAGAGGUGUGGAGGACGGGAGGCGGUGGGCUGAACCACUAUAGAGAUAAGAAGGAGGGGCAGACGGAGACAACCACCCUGCAUGCCGCUAUUUGGACAACGUGCAGUCGUCAGCCUCCAUCGUCUGCAACUUCUAGAGGAGACGAAAAAUUAAAACGGUGGAAAAAAUGCCUUUCAGACCAACCAAUGUACAAAGUUUAUUUCUGCUUUAUUUCUGUCUUUUUCUUUUCUUUUUUUCCAAACAGGACUCAAGCCUUUAGUGUCUUCUCAGAGGAGUCGUGUUAUGCUGUUACACUGCAGUGAAACAGAAUCCAUAAAUGCCAGUGUCAGAAAAAUGUUUGAACAAAACAGACGGCCUGUUCAUUCCUUUUACACUUUCUUUUGUUUUUUUAAUUGUUUUGUUACCUCAUGUUCCGUUUUUAUAUCUCAUUGCCAUAGAUUCCUUUCCCGGUCUGACGUUACUUGUUGCCUCGGUUACUCUCACACAGGGACAGCUCUGAAUUUGAAGCGAUGCAUCACGGUGUGUUCAGGUGUAGCCGCUUCAUCGUUGUCUUAAAGCACAGUGACAUAAGUGCACUGCAGCAGCCUUGUAUCUACAUAGUCAACAUGUACAAAGGACAUUUUUUUUAAAAAGCUGCAAGAAUUUUGCGUCAUUUGAAUGAACAACAAUAAAUAGAUUUCCUUGUGUAAUAUAUCGGGAAAGAAAACAUAAUUUUACCGUUUGCUUAACUCAGAACCUACAGUCUGCUGCCUUUAUGUGAUGCGUUCACUGACAGCAGUAAAACACAGAAGCUUCUUCCUCUGUGUUGACCAAAUCAGCCAGUCCCUGAGGUCGUCCCUGUAUUUCUUUUGUUUGUAGGAGAGUACUAUUUGCUGGUAGAGAUGUAGUUCACCUACUGUUUCCCUCUUUGUUUUUGUUUGGAAUUUUUUCUUAACUUAAGGGAAAAUGAAAAGUGUUUGUUGCCUCUUUGUGCUACUGAUUAUGAAAAAGAUAUUUCCAGUAUUUGUUGCCACAGAAGUAUCAUAGCUUAUCAUCAACAGUUUUUUUUUUUUUUCAUUUUCUUUCUUUUUUUUGUGCAACUUCUUGAGCUACUGUCUAUAAAGCAAGAAUUUAUUACUAUUUAUGUAACGCUACUACCAUUUUAUAUUGAUUUGUGUUGGAAUCUCAGUGCUUUUCUAUGAAUAAAGUGUGAAACACGUUAAAA